CGCGGAUAUAUUGCUGUUGCUAUUGAUUCACGUUAUCAUGGUGAACGCACAUAUAGUCUAACUAUAUAUUUCCCCCCCUCCAGGUUGCAUUGCACAUUGAGUACCACCACAAUAUGUUGACAUCACACCAGAAAGGGAACCCAAAGGAAGUAAUUGUUGGAUGGUAUUCAACCGGAUUUGGUGUUACGAGAGGUUCUGCUUUGAUCCAUGAAUUCUACUCUAGAGAGGUUGCAAAUCCUUUCCAUGUACCAGUGGACACUACAUUCAGAAAUGGAGAGGCAACCAUAAAAGCCUUUGUCUCUGUUAAUUUAUCUCUUGGAGACCAGUCACUUGCUGCUCAAUUUCAGAAAAUUCCUGCAGAACUUCGAAUGUCAGAAGCAGAGAGGGUUGAAUGUUAGAUUGUUGCAUCUACAUUGGUCUUAUCAACUUGAUCAACUCAUCAUGUGUGAGGUCUAUACUCUGAGGAAUGCGCCUUAUGCUAGUGAGGAAAUCGAUGUGGUUCGUGAGCAAUGGGCUAGUUUUUUACCAGCAAAUAUUUAUUAUUG